AUGUCGGACGAAGUUAUUUGGCAAGUCAUCAAUCAUCAAUUCUGCGCUUUCAAAUUAAAGACUGAGAAGCAAAAUUUCUGCAGAAAUGAAUACAACGUAAGUGGGUUGUGUUCGAGACAGUCAUGUCCCUUGGCUAAUGCUCGGUAUGCUACAGUUAAAAAUGUUGGUGGGAAGUUGUACCUAUAUAUGAAAACAGCUGAAAGGGCUCAUAUGCCAAAUAGAUGGUGGGAGAGAAUCAAGCUUUCCAAGAAUUACAACAAGGCAUUGUCACAAAUUGAUCAUCAUUUGCAAUAUUGGCAGAAGUUCUUACAGCACAAGUGUAAGCAGAGGUUGACGAGAUUGACACAGGUUGCAAUCACGGAGAGAAGAUUGGCAUUGAAUGAAGAAGAGAGACAUUUGGUGGGAGUUAAACCAAAGGUAAAGAGGAGAGAAGAAAAUAGAGAACGAAAAGCGUUGGCUGCUGCCAAGAUCGAGAAAGCUAUAGAGAAGGAGUUGUUGGAGAGAUUAAAGAGUGGUGCAUAUGGGGACAAACCAUUGAAUGUUGAUGAAAGUAUAUGGAAAAAAGUAUUGGGCAAAGUUGAUGAAGUUGAACAAGAGGAAGAGUUUGACGAUGAUGAGGAAGAGGACGUUGAGCUUGAGAGUGAAGACGAGGAAGACGAGGAAGAUAUGGGAGAAGUUGAAUAUGUUGAGGACUCGGGUGACGAUGACUUGGUAGAUAUGGAAGAUUUGGAGAAAUGGUUGGAUGAUUCUUCUGCUGGAGAAAGCGAAGAAGAGAGCGAUGAUGAUGAUGAUGAUGGUGACAACGACAACGACGAAGAGACUAAUGAUGCAAACUCGAAGAAGAGAAAGGCAGACGAUACAAAUCAAAAGAAGAAGAAGAAGAGAAGACCACGGGUGGAAAUCGAAUACGAAGAAGAGGAGCCUCUACACACAAAUAUAGCUGCAUAG